AUGUCAUACCUUUUCAAGCACUCCUUCAUCGGAACCUUAGCCCAUUACAUCAAGCAUCGAAAAUUUGACUAUGCGCGUACAAAAGCAAAGCCAAUAUCUACUUCGUCGUCGACUGACGAUCUCCCUUUCCCAAAGGAAGCCGUCCCUGGAGCUGGAGAUGCUGUUGGCACAGAGCUUAAGCAGCACCAGACGACCCUCGUCGACUGGGAUGGACCAAGCGACCCAAGCAACCCUCAGAACUGGCCUCAGUCCCACAAAAUACUUGUGACUGUGCUACUAUGCGUCUACACCUUUGCCGUAUACGUCGGCUCUUCAAUAUACACAUCCUCACAACAAGCGGUCAUGGACAAGUUCGACGUCAGUCAUGUCGCGGCCUCGCUUGGCAUUGCGCUCUACGUUCUGGGCUAUGGUAUCGGGUGUCUGCUCUUCUCGCCGCUAUCUGAAGUACCAGCCAUUGGCAGGAACCCUCCGUAUGCGGUAUCUGGAUUUUUCUUCAUCAUCCUGUGCAUACCGACUGCGCUGGUGGACAACUUCGCUGGUCUGAUGGUACUGCGCUUUCUCUUGGGAUUCAUGGCCUCACCCUGUCUCGCCACGGCUGGCGCAUCGCUCGGUGACAUCUGGACGAUGGCUGAAUUCCCAUUUGCGGUUGCGCUCUGGGCGGCGGUUGCGACACUCGGUCCCGCACUUGGACCCACACUAUCUUCGUAUGCCGUCAAGGACUUGGGCUGGCGCUUCUCAAGCUGGGAACUGCUCAUCAUCGCAGGUCCAGUAUACCUCGCUAUAUUGUUGGUCCUACCGGAGAGCUCCGGACCCACCAUCCUGUACUACAAAGCGAAGCGCAUGCGAGAGGAUACAGGAAACCAGGAGCUGAUGUCGGCCUCCGAGCGAAAGCAAAAGAACAUGAAGGUCAGCAGCUUGCUCUUCGACGCGCUAGUCAAGCCUUGGGAGAUCAAUGCCCUCGACCCCGCCAUCUUGUUCACGACGGUGUACAUGGGCUUGUGCUACGGCAUCUACUACUCAUUCUUCGAGUCUUUACCUCUCGUAUAUCCUGUAUACUACGGCUUCAACGCCGAGUCGACCGGCCUCGUCUUCCUCUGUAUCCUCCCAGCCUGCCUUGGCGCCUUCGCAGCACACGUGUUGUACCUCAAGUACCGCGUCUUCCCCCGCCUCAUGAACGGGACGUUCGGCGAGCUCGAAAACCAUCUAUGGCCCGGAAUGGUAGCUAGUCCCGUCAUCGCCGUAGGGCUGUUCAUGUUUGCAUGGGCAUCAAGACCCUCAGUCCACUGGAUGGUGCCUACCAUCGGUCUCAGUCUUACUUGUUUUGGGAUCUACUUCAUCGCGCAAAGCGUUCUGCUGUACAUCCCUAACAUCUAUCCGACAUACGCAGCCAGCAUCUUUAGUGCCAAUAGUCUUAGCAGAAGCGCGUUUGCGUUUGCGGCAAUCCUGUUCGCCAGACCCAUGUUCCAGGGUAUUGGGAUCGAUGGUGGUGUGAGCUUGCUGGCGGGAUGCAUGGUGUUGUGUUCGUUUGGCAUCUUUGCGCUAUACAGAUACGGCAAGACAUUGCGAGAGCGGAGUCGCUUUGCUGUCGCAUGA